AUGUUGUGUGCCUUUGGUUUUAAUGAAACUUUUUGUUGGUGGAUCAGUACUAUUUUUCACUCGGCUAAGCUAUCUAUUUCUAUUAAUGGUAAAGCGCUAGGUUUUUUUAACUGUAAAAGGGGACUCGGACAAGAGGAUCCAUCAUCUCCUCUUCCCUUUUGUCUGGCAGAGGAUGUUUUAAGUAGAGGCAUAUCUAAGUUAGACGUUGAUGGCAAAUUGCACUUGAUGUCAGGGCCUCGAGGCUUUGCUAUGCCUAGUCAUGUGCUCUAUGUUGAUGAUGUGACGAUCUUCUGCAAAGCUAGUCAUAAAAGUUUAAACUCUUUUUGGAUCAUGAUUACAAGGAUUCUAAUUUUUAGCAGGAAACUAAAAGCUAACCAUUUAAUAUUCAUUGUUGAUCGCAUCAAAAACAAGCUUUCCUAUUGGAAGGGGUCCAUGCUUUCGAUCAUGGGCAAAGUUCAACCGAUUAAUAUGAAAGUGGUCACAGUUGUCUGGAAUCAUAUUUGCAAACCUGUUAUAGAUGGCGGCCUUGGAUUAAGGUCCAUAAAGGCAAUCAUCAAAGCUGGUCUGAUAAAGCUUACUUGGGACUUUGUUAACUCAGGAGCACAAUGGACUUCAUUACUUAAGCAUAGAACCUUCAGGAAUUCUUGUAAGAUUAAGUAUCAUAUCACUUCUUCCAACCAAUACGUGGCUUUCUAA